AUGAGAGUACUAUUGGAUGCUCGAAAUAAGCUGAAUAUACCAUGGGAGAAGCCUGAAAGGCAGCAAAAUUGUUCACGGAUACUAUUUAGAUUUACCGUAGCUGAUCUCUUGAAAGGUAUUGACUACACGACAUUUGCUGAUGUUGCACCUGUGAUCCAAGAUUUCUGGGACGAUGCUGCAGUUAAGCAAGCUUACGAGAAGCGAAAUUUGUUUCAAAUUAGCGACUCCUGCCAAUAUUUCUUUGAUCAUCUCAGCAGAAUCUCCAUGCCUAAUUUUCACCCUACAAACAAAGAUAUCUUGUAUUGUCGAAAAGCAACUCGAGGAAUAUGUGAACAUACAUUUGUAAUCAACAAAAUUCCCUUUAGAUUUAUUGACGUCGGUGGCCAAAGAUCUCAGCGGCAAAAAUGGUUUCAAUGUUUCACUGAUAUCACUAGCAUAUUAUUCAUGGUAGCUUCAAACGAAUACGAUCAGGUGAUACUGGAAGACCGCAGAACAAAUCGGGUUGUUGAAUCACGGUCCGUCUUCGAAACUAUUGCCAACAAUCGAGCGUUUACAAAUGUUUCUAUCAUUUUGUUCAUGAACAAAAGUGACUUGCUAAAGGGUGAGUCACUGGAAUCAUUGAGUGUUAAAAAAAAUUAUGGUCUAACGAAAAGUUUGAAAAAAGAACCAUAUCAGAACUGCAUACUUGAAUCGAACAUAUGCAUAUCAGUCCGAGAAAAAAAAGAGUCUGAAAGUACAGUGAUAGAGUAAUG